CAUCCUCUCUCACACUCUUUUUUUCUCGCACUUUUUUUUUUAUAAAUUCACUCUUCACUUGUUUUUUCUUGCAAAAAAGAAAAAAAGAAAAGGCCAAUACAACUAGAUUGAAAGAAAAGAAAAAUCAGUCAUUAUGCGAAUGUCUCUUGUAAACAAGUGGCUAAUUGUUGUUGCCGUAGCUUUAUUGCAACUCGUAUUGACAGUUCAAGCUCAAAUUGAUACAGAUCCUCUCCCAACUACCACAACAAAACCUCCAGUAGUAACAACUACUACAACUACGCCUAAACCUGUUGUUACUACUCCUGCUCCUACAACUACGCCUAAACCUGUUGUUACUACUACUGUAGCCCCGAUUACAACAACUGUCUCAACUCUUAAGCCUCCUUCUAUCAUUGCUAAUACAACUGCCUCCUCGACUAUUCUUUCAACAACUACUACCACUACGUCUUCACUGAUUAGUAUUCCUACUAGCAGUAUGCCAAGUUCUACAUCUAUCAGUAUUACUUCUGCCUCCUCCUCUGCUACACCUUCUGCAUCAGCAUCACCUGAUCCCGAAAAAUCAGAAAAACCAAAUACGGCAGUCAUUGCUGGAUCUGCUGUUGGUGGCGUAGUUCUUCUUGCUUUGAUCGGUGGUGUUUUGGCUUGUGUCAAUCGCCGUGGUGGAUGUACUAAGAGAAGAGACAAGAAGAAGUCUGAUUUUGAGGAUUAUGGAUUGGGAGAUUUCCCUCAUCACAGAACUCCUGCUAUUCCUCCUCCUAUGGUCGCUAAUAAGCCUGUAUCACCCACUAUUCCUAGAAUGAACGAUCAGGGUAAUUAUUAUAACGACGAUCCCAACUACGGUCACUACAGCUACCAAGAUAAUAACAUGGACUAUGGAAUGCAACCCCAGCAAGGAUACUAUUAUCCUCAACAACAACACCAUCAACAGCAACAGCAAGAAUAUUAUGAUGAUGGUAACUAUUAUUAUGAUAGCAAUACGUCUGCAACAGCUUAUUCCUCCGUACCUCCUAUGCAUCAACAACAGCAACAACCUCAACCAGGUUAUGCAAUGGCUAAUGUCCCCCAAAAUCAUAGUAUGACCACCCAAGAUGUUUACAAACCUGAUGAAGUUGGCUCUCCCAUUAGUAGCCAUGCUAAUGUGCCCCAUCAUAAUAGAUAGAAAACAAACAUCAUCCCAUAUUCUUCUGUGUCAGUCUGUUUUACAAUGCCGUAUAAUUUAUCCUUUUAAUUUUUUCGCCUUCUUUCAGAUAGUUGUUAAACUCUUUUACAAUCAUAUAUUAAUAAUAAUAAUUCUAUUUACCACGA